CCCUCGCUCCAUAGACGAGGAGGUGACGUCGACCACGCCCGACCUGCCCGAGGGCGACAAGUCAGCGCCCAUCUCGUUAGAGAGCAUCCCCGCCGCAGUCCCGCUGGCCGAAGACGAGCCGUAUUACGACCAAGUGCCCGUGGAUAUCAAUGACGGCGAAUAUGUUUACAUUCAAGCAGGUGGAACCGGGUCGAGUGCAGAAGACGCGUCAAGCGGCACCAGUACCCUGCCUUUGAGCGCCACGCCAUCUGCGCCCACGGCGCCGCGUGCGCCUGAAUCCCCGCCUUGUGCCGUCGCGCCCAACUACGUCAACAUACACUACUUUAUACAGCAAGCGGGUGAAGGCCAAGAGCCAAGCGAAGCAGGGUCGGAACUGGCAGACUCCAGCGACACUCCACUGCUGCUGAGAACCAUCUCCUCCGACACGGAAGCCAGCGCCACACCGCCGGCUCUGAGAAAACUGCAGCACCAGGAGUCGAACAUCAGCAACAAUGAAGAAGCUGAGCGGCUUACCAUGCACCGAUGCAUUGUCUCUAGUAUCGUAGAAAGCGAAACGGUUUACGUAGAAUGCUUGUACGUAAUGGAAAAGUAUAUGAACGCAAUAAAAGCUACUCUAUCGACGUCUCAACCGGUCAUUACUGAGGAGGAGUUUAACACAAUAUUUUACAAGAUAUCUGAGUUACAUGAACUCCAUAAGAAUUUCUUAGAAGGGUUAAAGGCAGCUGUUGCUAGUUAUGAAGAGCCUCUUUCGGUUGGCAGUCACUUCAAGAAGAUGGCUGAGAACAUCAACGUGUACGGCGCGUUUCUUCACAACUACGGACGCGCGACGGACGCGGUGCGGCGUCGUUGCUCGACUUCGCAGCGGUUCGCAGACCUUACGCGACAAAUCGCAUGCCGAGGGCAGCCUAUGUCGCUCGACGACUUGUUGCACAAGCCCGUCGCAAGGGUCCAGAAGAAUGCCCUAGUAUUACACGAUCUCAUUAAAUAUACACCAGCAAGUCACCCUGAUCAUGCAAUGUUAACCGACGCUCUGAAUAUGACGCAACAUUUCCUUGAUGAAUUUAAUAUAAUACAAACAAAAUCUAUGUUCCCGAAUGCUGAUCGCGCACAAAGAAGACUAGUUAAAAACUCGUUUAUUGUAGAGCUAUCCGACGGUCAUAGAAAAUUGAGGCAUCUGUUUCUAUUUAACGAUGUUAUUGCAUGUGCCAAAUACAAAGCGUCCGGUCGCGACAAGUUCACGUUCGAACUGAAGUGGUUCAUCCCACUGCCUGAUAUCGUGGUAGUGGAGGAAGACUCGGCGGUGGCCAACGCUAACGAUGCGCGGGAGACGUCGCCCGCCAACAUAGUCGCGCUCAAGUCCCAGGCUUCCACCGUGCGCGACCAGAUACUGGCUGAAGAACGCGCUUCACACGAUGAAAAGAAAAUGCGAAUCGGCGGCCGCGGCGCACUAGAGAAACAGCGCAAAAAGCUAGCGGAAUUGGAAGGGCAGCUAGUGCUGGCGUCUCCUAACCUCAUAUUCCGUGUGGGGGCGCGCGCCCCGGGCGGCUCCACGGCUCUGCAGCGGCAGCACAUAUUCUUCCUCAGUUCCGAGUACGAGAGGACGCAGUGGGUCGACUCCAUACAUGCUUUGCAGGCGUCUUCCGCGCCCCCUGCGGGCUCUAAUACGGUGUCCAUGCUGGAGCUGCAGGCGUGGGUGACGGCUUGCCGCAGCUACCUGCAGACGGACAUGGGCUCGUACCUGCUGCGCAGCGGCCGCGACGACUCGCUGCUGCUCGGCGACCUGCAGCUGCACAUCGGCGGCAUGACCGCGCCGCUGGACACCGCCGCCGAUUACUACGUGGUCGUAGAAGUGGACUCGUAUGGGCACUACUUCCGCAAGGCCAAGUCCAAGCUGGUGUGCCGCAGCGCGCAGCCGCGCUGGAACGAGAGUUUCACGCUCGACCUGGAGGGCUCACAGAACUUGCGCCUGCUGUUAUACGAAGACGCCGCCAGACCCGUGCUUAGGGGGAAAUGUACGCUGAAGCUGUCUCGCGAGUGGGUCGCAGAGAGUGCAAGCGGCGGCGUCUCCCGCGCCGUGAUGCUAGGCGGCGGGUCGCUGCCGCUUCGGCUGCGGUUGUUGCCGCCCGAGCGCUCGGCGCGCCGCGUGCCCAGUGCCAAGGCCGGCGCGCUCUUCGGCGCCAAGAUCACGCACGUGGCCAAGCGAGAGAAGCGCAACAUCCCGUUCAUAAUCAGCGCGUGCGUACGCGAGGUGGAGCGGCGCGGCAUCCACGAGGUGGGCGUGUACCGCGUGUCCGGCAGCGCCUCCGACCUCAACCGCCUCAAGAAGAGCUUCGAGACCAAUGCGUACGAGGCGGAGCAGCUGUUGAAAGAAGUAGACAUCCACUCGGUGACGGGCGUGCUGAAACUAUAUUUGCGCGAGCUGCCUGAGGCGCUGUUCACCGACGCGCUCUACCCCGAGCUAUUGCGUGCUUGGGGCGCCACGCAGUCGGGCCCGGCGCACACGCGGCGCCACGCGCUGCUCAAGUGCUACGCGCAGCUGCCCGACCUCAACAAGAACUGCAUCGACUUCCUCCUCAACCACUUCGUCAAGGUGAACCAACACGAGGGCGAGAACAAGAUGUCUCUGCACAACCUGGCCACGGUGUUCGGGCCGACGCUGCUGCGGCCGGCCAGCGCGGGCGGCGCCGCCAAGCAGCGCACCGACCUGCUCGCCGCCGGCACCGUCGAUGCUAUGGCCCAGGCCGGCAUCCUGUACUGCCUGCUGCAGCAGCGUCAGCUGGCGGCGCAGCUGUCGUCGCACCACCGCACCACGCCGCUCCUUGACUAGGCCGGCUCCACGUGAGGUUAGCGAGACUAUACCGGGCCAGCCUUUAGCCUCAGCCCAACACUGUUCACCAUCGCUUGAGUUAAAGAUGAAUAAGGACUCAAAAAUAACAAUCGACAAAUGAUUUACAUCAUGAGGGUUUGAGACGCGACACGCCCCAAUCUACGCUAACCUGUAAUCUUACUAUCGGUGGCUCCACUUACUUUCAAAGUUUCAAUCAACGAUUUCGAUUCUGUUUACGCUCCGAACGACGCUAAAACAAGACACAGAAAGUUCGGGUCACUGGAAGACUUUUAGUUUUCUGUAUUAUAUCUGCAUUUAAAAUAAAUGUAUCACCAGUAUUUCUCUUUUGCGAGUUGAGCUUUGGCAUAAACUUAUUAUUCCGCGAUAAAUACUCGUCCAAAACAGAUUUUGCUGUCAUAAACAAUACAGGGGUGCCGACUACGAAUUCCAUUAAAAGACAUUAGUGGGUGGUUUGAAUUAAUAACUAUUAUAAUAAGGUGUACUUCCAAUCUUAACAUUGAUGAAGAUUUUUUUACAAACUUUAUUAUACCCAGUCAUUUGUGCCACAUACAAACUUUUUAUAUUGUAUGUAAUAUCUUAUACAUUCCAUAAUUAUAAAAUAAUAGACUGACUAUAGAAGUAUCGAUUAGAAGAUAUAUCAUUUACACAAAAUUAGCAUUAAAUAUUUGGCAACAUCUGAUAACAUUUCCACGCAUAGUUGUGAAGACAACUAUUUCAAUCCACACUACCAUUAGGAGGCGAGUCUUAGUGUGAAAUUCGUCAUAAUAUAAAAAUGGUCGGGAUGAACAUUAUGGAUGAGUAUUAUGAAAAGGGACCGAAAAUAUUGAUAAUUCAUUAAAUUUUUAGAAUAAAUUGGAGCAGACUGAUAUUGAUAAAAAUGAGUAUUAGUAUUUAUUUUCGAAAUAAGAAGUGCAUUUCGAUCAAAACGUAUUGAUUUAUUUAUAUCGGGAGAUUAUUUAGUAUUGCUUUAUGAUACACAAAUAGUUAUUACGUAUUUCUUUUUGUUUUUACAAUUAAUUGU